AUGCAACCACAGAUAGCAGAGGCCUUCGGCUUGGACGAGACUGUGGUCGAGAAGAAGAUUCUGUCUGAGAGGCAAGCCGUGAACGGCUUCUUUGAAGCCAGUGGGGCGGGGUCACUGCGCUGGUACUACCAGAACGACCGCCUCACGGGCAAGUGCGUGUACUUUGCGCGCAUCAACCCCAAGGGCGUGUCCGAGAAGACCUGGGACGCAGACAUGGCGGCCGGCGACAUCGUGGGCCCGGGGGCGCUGGGCGCGUUCAGGGCGUUGGAGCAGUCCGGGUGGGGCAAGAUGCCCCAGGACCACACGAAGGAGUUCCUGGAGGGUGCAGGCAAGUUCGGCGCUGUGCUGACGGAGGCGGUCAACUGCCUGGCGUGCGGCAUAGAGCUGCGGCGCCCUGACGAGCGCCUGGCGGCGUUUGAGCCGCGCCCGGGGUCGUACACCGCCGCGGCGGCCGACCCAGAAGCCAGCAAGGCAGCGGAGGACUGCCUGGCUGAGUGGUGCCGGCAGGUGGAGGAGCUGCUGGCGGCGUCAGAGAAGGUGGCGCCUGGCGACGAGCCGGGGCCGGACACCGAGCUUGAGUACUGGCGGCAGCGCAUGGCCAAGUUCAACAGCUUGUUCGAGCAGCUGAAAGCACGGGAGGCGCGGAUUGUGCUGGGCACCUGCCAGAUCAUGCGCAGCCCCUCCAACAAGCGGUGGAAGGCCCUGGAGCUGCGCGCCACGGACGCCACCAACGAGGCCAAGGACAACGUGCGCUACCUGUCUAGCCUCGAGCCCAGCCUGGAGGUGAUGUACGGUGGCGCGGGGCCCGCAGCAAUCAAGGAAUCCCUGCGCGGCCUGGUGGGCACCUGCUGCACACUCUACCGCAUCGCGCGCUUCUACGGCACGCCGGAGCGGAUGACGACGCUGUUCAGCAAGAUCACCAACCAGAUGAUGCGUGCCUGCCGCGAGUUCAUCCUGGAGCCAGGCAAGCUCUGGGAGCAGCCCCGGCAGCACCUGAUCGCCAACAUGCGGGCCGCCAAGGAGCUGGCUGACGCCUACAAGGCCACGUUCCUCGCUGUGAGGGACGAGAUGGCGCGGGAUGCCGACGACGGCAAGCGGCUGGAGGUGGACGAGCGUGCGGUAUUCCUGAAGUUCGAGCUCUUCGCCAAGCGCCUGGGCAAGCUGUGCGACAUGUUCACGUCCAUCCACCAGAUCAGCGGUCUAGAGCAGCACACGCACAUCACAGGCCUGGAGGCCGUCCUGCGCAGCUUCUACCAGAUCGUGGACGACAUCAAGCGCAAGCCCUACGACCUACUUGACUACGCCAAAAACACGUUUGACCGCGACUUCCUGGAGUUCAACGUCAACAUACACGACCUCGACAGCCAGAUGCAGGCGUUUGUGGACGCGUCGUUCGAGCACAUCACAUCGACGGACCACGCGCUGGGCCUGCUGGCGCAGUUUACGGAGGUGCUGCAGCGCGAUGCACUGCAGCAGCAGCUGGAGGGCAAGUGGAUGGUGAUCUUCCAGCACUAUGCGCGCGACCUGGAGGCGGUGCAGGCCGCCUACGAGGCCAACAAGCACAAGCCCCCGCUGCCCCGCAACGCGCCGCCCAUUGCCGGAAACAUCAUGUGGGCGCGCCAGCUGCUGCGCCGCAUCGAGGCGCCCAUGCAGCGCUUUGCGAAGAACCGCGGCCUGAUGGGCAGCAAGGAGAGCAAGCGCGUCAUUCGGCUGUAUAACCGGGUGGCCAAGGCGCUGGUUGAGUUUGAGGCGCUCUGGCACGCAGCCUGGCUCAAGGGCAUUGAUGCCCAGAAGGCGGGCUUGGCGUCGCCCCUGCUGGUGCGGCACCCCGACAGUGGGCAGCUGCUGGUCAACCUGGACCGUGACGUCAUGACGCUCAUCAGGGAGGCCAAAUAUCUGCAGCAGAUGGAGGUAGCCGUCCCCGAGAGCGCGCGCCUACUGCUGCUGCAGGAGGACAAGUUCAAGUUCUACUUCUCGCAGCUGAGCCACGUCGUGAGGGAGUACGAGGCUGUGAUGGCAAAGGUGCCCCCUGUGUUCAAGCCCCUGCUGCGGCCGCACCUGGAGGACAUGGAGCGCAAGGUGGCGCCCGGCAUGUUUGUGCUGACCUGGACUAGCAUGAACAUAGACGGCUACCUGCACAGAUUUAAGCAGGGCCUGGCGCGCCUGGAGGAGCUGGUGCGCAAGCUGACAGACCUGGUGACGCACCGCGUGGAGGCCAACCUGGACGCCAUUCGCAGCACACUGCUGGUGGACCUGCCCGCGGACAGGUCGUUCACGUAUGAGGAGUUCAACGCGUGCCAGCAGCGCCACCAGAAGAAGGCGGCGGAGGGACUGGCGGUGCGCAACGAGGAGGUGCUGCGCAGCAUAGAGGACAUCAUACAGCUCGUCAGGACGUACCCCCGCGAGAACCCCCAGUGCGUGCUGGACGAGCACGAGGUGGACAUGUUCCGCGCCUAUUACAGCGGCAUCAUGUACAAGGCCAUCCUGGCGUCGACUCAGCGGUCGUUUGCAGCGAUCAAGCGGCGCGUCGGCAGCCACACGUCCACCGGGAUAUUCUUCAUGGAGCGGCCCUUCUUUGAUGUGGACGUCGAGCUCAAGGUGCCCAACGCGUCCAAGAAGCUGCGCUGCUGGGGCCAGGGCCCCGGCGGGCCCGCCACGUUCCAUGACAUGAUCGCGCGCGACAAGGAGGUGGUCAAGAGCGUGCUGCUGCUCACAGGGUCGGUGGAGGGCAUCAAGCACCAGGCGGGUGGCGCUGCGGAGAGCGUGUCUGACUACAUUGCAACCUUUGACAAGUACAAGUUCCUGUGGACACAGGACCUGCAGGCUACGUACGACGCGUUCAUGCGCACCCAGCCCAACCUGGAGGCGUUCGAGGCCGAGCUGCGCAAGUACAACGCUCUGGAGCUGGAGAUCGCCGCGAUACCCACGCUGCACAACAUAGGGUCGCUGUCGCUCGAGACUGCGCCCCUGAAGAACAGCCUGCGCAGCGAGGCCGCGUCCUGGAAGGCCCAGUUCGCCCAGAACCUGCACCGCCAGUGCUCAGAGGACCUCAAGGCCUUUGACAACUACAUCCGCGACGCCACGCUGCGGCUGUCUGGCAAGGUUGAGGACCUGGAGGACGUGAGGGCUGUCAUGUCGGGGCUGGAGGAGGUGCGCGAAAAGGAGUCCAACAUCGACGCGCUCAUAUCGCCAAUAGAGGACAUGUACGCACUGCUGCUCAGAUACGAGGUCCGCGUGCCCAAGGAGGAGACCACCCUCGUGUCAGACCUGCGGUACGGCUGGAGGAAGCUGCGCAAGAUGGCCACAGACGUGUCGGACAACCUGGCGCGCCUGCAGGUCGGCUUCAAGCGCGAGCUCAUCAAGGAGGUGCGCGCCUUUGUCGCGGACGCCCAGGCGUUCCGGCGCGAGUGGGACGCGGGCGGCCCCAUGGUGCCGGGGCUGGACCCCAUGGAGGCCAUGGACCGCCUGCGCAAGUUCCAGCAGAUGUUUGAGGUGCGCAAGCGCAAGUGGGACAACUACAGCAGCGGCGAGGAGCUGUUCGGCCUGGCGGUGACGCGCUUCCCGGAGCUGGAGCAGACCCAGAAGGAGGUGUCCAUGCUGGACCGGCUGUACACGCUGUACGUGACAGUCAUCACCACCAUCAAGGGCUACGGCGACUACUUCUGGGCCGACGUGGUGGAGAAGAUCGACGAAAUGGGGGAGCAGGUGCUGCAGUACCAGGCGCAGUGCCGCAAGCUGCCCAAGGCGCUGCGCGACUGGCAGGCGUACGUUGAUUGCCGCGACACUAUCGACAACUUCCUGGAGCUGCUGCCCCUGUUCCAGGCGCUGGCACACCAGGCGAUGCGCGAGCGGCACUGGCGGACCGUCAUGGCGAUCACCGGGAAGGAGCUGUCUCUGGCGGAGGACGUGUUCAAGCUGCAGCAUCUGCUGGAGUGCGGCCUGCUGGCGCACAGGGACGAGGUGGAGGAGGUGGCCAACAGCGCGGUCAAGGAGGAGCAGAUCGAGGUCAAGCUUGCCGCCAUUGAGAGCGACUGGGCCGCAUUCAACCUGUCAUUUGCUGACUACAAGACGCGCGGCCCCGUGGUGCUCAAGCCCAGCGACACGGCCGAGCUGAUCGAGAAGCUGGAGGACAGCCAGAUGCAGCUGGGCAGCAUGGCCACCAACAGGUACAGCGCGCCGUUCCGGGAGCAGGUGCAGUCGUGGGUGGUGAAGCUGUCCACAGUGUCUGAGAUCCUGGAGCAGUGGCUCAUGGUGCAGAACAUGUGGCAGUACAUGGAGGCUGUUUUCAGCGGCGGCGACAUUGUCAAGCAGCUGCCCGCCGAGGCCAAGCGCUUCCAGAACAUUGACAAGAACUACAUCAAGAUCGUGACCGCCGCGAUGGAGACCCAGAACGUGGUGGCCGUCUGCGCCGGCGGCGAGCUGAUGAAGAACAUGCUGCCCCACCUGCUGGAGCAGCUGGAGCUCUGCCAGAAGAGCCUUAGCGCGUACCUGGAGACCAAGCGCGCAGAGUUCCCCAGGUUCUACUUUGUGUCGGACCCCACCCUGCUGGAGAUCUUGUCCCUGGGCUCCGACCCGCCGAGCGUGGUGCCGCACUUCCAAUCAGGCCUGUUUGACUCCCUCUCAAACGUCACUUUUGACAAGGCGGACAAGACCCGCAUGCUGGAGAUGUUCAGCCAGCAAGGGGAGAAGGUGGAGUUUGUGGCCCCUGUGGACGCCAAGGGCAACAUUGAGGUCUGGCUGCAGCGGCUGGUGGACGGCAUGCAGAACACCGUCAAGCAGGUCAUCAAGCGCGCCAUGCACAACGUCUACGAGAUGAGCCUGGAGGACUUCAUCUUCCACCAUCCAGCCCAGGUGUCCCUCCUGGGCAUCCAGUUCCAGUGGACAGCCGACACACAGGCCGCCCUGGCUGGUGCCAAGACGGACAAGAGUGUGAUGGUCAAGAACAUGAAGAAGACGGACGCCCUGCUGCGCGACAUGGUGAUGCUGACAGUUCGCGCCGACCUGUCGCGUAUCCAGCGCACUAACCUGGAGACCUGCAUCACGGUGCACAUGCACCAGAAGGAGUCCACAGAGGACCUCGUGCGCCGCAAGGUGCGCGACCCUACGGACUUUGACUGGCUGAAGCAGGUGCGCGUCUACUGGCGGGAGGAGCGCGACACAGUCAUCACCUCCAUAUGCGACGUGGACUUUGAGUACAGCUACGAGUACCUGGGUGUGAAGGAGCGCCUGGUGAUCACGCCCCUCACAGACAUCUGCUACGUCACGCUCAGCCAGGCCCUGGGCAUGUUCCUGGGCGGCGCGCCCGCCGGCCCCGCGGGCACGGGCAAGACCGAGACCACCAAGGACCUGGGCAACACCCUGGGCAAGUACGUGGUGGUGUUCAACUGCAGCGACCAGAUGGACUACAAGGGCAUGGGCAAGAUCUACAAGGGCCUCGCCCAGAGCGGCCUGUGGGGCUGCUUUGACGAGUUCAACCGCAUCAACCUCGACGUGCUCAGUGUGUGCGCCCAGCAGAUCUACUGCAUCCUGUCGGCCAUCCGCGAGCGCAAAAAGUCUUUCGUGUUCACCGACGGCAGCACCGUCAGCCUCGACUCGCGCGUCGGCUUCUUCAUCACCAUGAACCCCGGGUAUGCGGGCCGCCAGGAGCUGCCUGAGAACCUCAAGGCCCUGUUCCGCGGCGUCACCAUGAUGGUGCCCAACAGGCAGAUCAUUAUCAAGGUCAAGCUGGCGGCCUGCGGCUACCAGGAGAACGACGCCCUGAGCAAGAAGUUCCAUGUGCUGUACGGCCUGUGCGAGCAGCAGCUGUCAAAGCAGCCGCACUAUGACUUUGGGCUGCGUAACAUCCUGUCGGUGCUCCGCACGGCGGGCGCGUCGAAGCGCGCCAACCCCGACCGCAGCGAGGUGUACCUGAUGAUGCGCACGCUGCGCGACAUGAACAUGAGCAAGUACGUGGCGGAGGACGUGCCCCUCUUCAUGAGCCUCAUAGACGACCUCUUCCCGGGCCUCAAGGCUGAGCGCGCGUCGUUCCCCGAGGUGUCCAAGGCGCUGGAGAAGGUGGCGCUGGAGAAGGGGCUGCAGCUGCACGGUCCCUGGCUGAACAAGUGCAUCCAGCUGUACGAGACGUACCUCGUGCGCCACGGCAUCAUGCUGGUCGGCCCCAGUGGUGGAGGCAAGAGCGCCAUCAUGGAGUGCCUGGCCGCGGCGCUGACAGAGCUGGGCACCAAGCACGUCAUCUGGAGGAUGAACCCCAAGGCCAUCACGGCGCCACAGAUGUUUGGCCGCAUGGACCCGACUACCGGCGAUUGGACGGACGGCGUGUUUGCGGUGCUCUGGCGCAGGGCCACCAAGAGCCGCAACCAGAACACCUGGAUCGUGCUGGACGGCCCCGUGGACGCCAUCUGGAUUGAGAACCUCAACACAGUGCUGACGCUGGCCAACGGCGACCGCAUCCUGAUGACGCCCGCGAUGAAGGCCAUGUUUGAGCCCGAGAACCUCAACAAUGCGUCGCCCGCCACCGUGUCGCGCGUGGGCAUCAUCUAUGUCAGCGACAGCGAGCUCGGCUGGGAACCCAUCACCAAGUCCUGGCUGGCCCGCAGGACAGACGCCACGCAGUCGCAGCACCUGUCGGGGCUGUUUGACAAGUACGUGGGCCGCGCACUGGAGUGGCUGCGGGUCAACACCAAGCCUGUCAUGUACAACGAGCAGGUCUGCCACGUCAACACGCUGCUCAUCCUGCUGAACGCCAGCCUCAAGAUGCACGACGACGCCCACGAGUCCCUCUCACCUGAGCGCCUGGAGCGCAUCUUCGUGUACUGCGCUGUCUGGGGCCUGGGCGGCCUGCUGGAUGUCAAGGACAGGGCCACCUUUGACGCAGAGCUGCGCAGCUUUGGCAGCCACAUGCCGCCAAGGCAGCCGGAGGGCGACACCGUGUUUGAGUGGAUGGUGGACGAGGCGACCGGCGAGUGGCGCCACUGGGCGGGCGCGGUGCCGCAGUGGGCCUACCCGGUCAGCGAGGAACGCCCGAAGUUUGCGCAGCUCGUCAUCCCCACGCUGGACAGCGUCCGGUACGAGCGCCUACUGGCGCUGAUGCACACCGCCGGCAGCGCCUCCAUGCUCGUCGGCGUGCCCGGCACGGCCAAGACGUGCGUCGUGAACCAGUUCCUCAGCCGCUUCAACAGCGAGUCCAUGGCCACCAAGACCAUCACCUUCAGCAGCCUCACCACGCCCCAGAUCUUCCAGAUGUCGAUCGAAGGCGCGGUUGAGAAGCGCCAGGGCCGCACGUACGGCCCCCCUGGCGGCCGCACCAUGUGCGUCUUUGUCGACGACAUCUCAAUGCCUGCGGUCAAUGAGUGGGGCGACCAGGUGACCAACGAGAUCGUGCGGCAGCUGCUGGAGCAGGGCGGCAUGUACGGCCUGGAGAAGCCCAUCGGCGACAUGAAGUUCAUCACAGACACCAGAUACGUCGCCGCCAUGAAUGUGCCGGGCGGCGGCAAGAACGACGUCCCCAACCGCCUCAAGCGCCAGUUUGGCCUCUUCAAUGUCCCCCUGCCCAGCGUCGCCGCCAUCAACGGCAUUUUUGGCCGCCUGGUGGAGGGCCGCUUCCCGGCCGCGCUGUUUGCUGACGAGGUGGUGCAGGUGGCGUCGCGGCUGGUGCCCAUGACCAUCAACCUCUGGAACAGGACCCAGGCCAAGAUGCUGCCCACCCCCGCCAAGUUCCACUACCUGUUCAACAUGAGGGAGCUGAGCAAGGUGUUCCAGGGUGUCAUCCUUGCCUCCAGGGACAGGUUCAACAAGUCCGCGCCCAAGGGGCGCUUUGGCGGCGCAGUGACGUCACCGGAGGGCUACCUGCUGGGCCUCUGGAUUCACGAGUGCAGGCGUGUGUUUGGCGACAAGCUGGUGUGCCACGAGGACAAGGGCUGGCUGGACAAGCAGCUGGGGGAGCUGUGCAAGCACGAGUUCCCGCCUGAGCUCUGCAAGCAGGUUGAGGAGCCGCUGUUCUUCGUCGACUUCCUGCGGGAGCCGGUGGUGGACCAGGAGACCGGGGAGGUGGUAGAGGCCCACCCCAGCUUCUACGAGAGCGUGCCCGGCGGCUUGGUGGAGGUGCGGACACGCGUGGAGGCGCUGCAGAAGCGCUUCAACGAGGAGAGCAAGAUCCUGAAGCUCGAGCUGGUCCUGUUCACAGACGCGCUGCACCACCUCAUGCGCAUCAGCCGCCUGCUGUCCAUGGCCCGCGGCAGCGCGCUGCUGGUCGGCGUGGGUGGCAGCGGCAAGCAGAGCCUGGCGCGGCUGGCGGCCUACAUCGCGGGGUCCUACACCUUCCAGGCGCGGCGCGCUGCACCCAGCGAGCGUGCGGGCCAUAUCACGGUGACCAAGACGUACAACGUGACCAACCUGUUUGAGGACAUCAAGGCCCUCUACAAGAUCGCAGGUUUUAAGGGCCAGUCCGUGUGCUUCCUGUUCACUGAUGCGGAGGUGAAGGACGAGGCCUUCCUGGAGUACAUCAACCAGAUUCUCAUGACCGGGGAGGUCGCGGGCCUGCUGCCCAAGGACGAGCUGGACAUGAUUGUGAACGACAUCCGCCCCAUCAUGAAGGCCGCGCUGCCCGGCGUAGCCGACACCUGGGACAACCUCUACCAGUUCUUCCUCAACCGCGUGAGGGACAACCUGCACGUCUGCCUCUGCUUCAGUCCUGUGGGGGCCAAGUUUGCGAGGCGCGCGCAGCAGUUCCCCGGCCUCAUCAACGGCUGCACUAUUGACUGGUUCCUGCCGUGGCCAGAGGAGGCGCUCACUUCAGGUGGGUCGGGGGCGUGA